GAAGGUAUCAAGCGCCCCGGAUGUUGAUACUUUAUGGAUGAAGAGGCAUGUUCCAUCAAGCCCCUCCAGUUACAUUUGCUAUGAUAUAACGAAAUUAUCAUCUCAAGGUAAAAAAAAAAGUGGGCGGCGAAAAGUACCACUUCUGAAUUAUCCCUGUAUUGUUUCUGUCUACCAGUCUUGAGUUCACUGUCACAGAAUCGACGUGCUUUUUUGCACUCAAUAAACAGUAUCCAAUCGCACCUUCGAAGAAGAGCUCACGCUGAAAUCAGCAAAGCAAACAAAAAGAACAUACAUUAAACCACACCGACAGUUCUACUAAACAAUACUUGUUAUUUCUUCCACAGAUUACAAGUGUCAAAGCGAAAACUCUGAUCAAAAGUGACGUGUUCCCUUGUUGGUGUCUCUUUCUAUAUCGUGUCGUGGAGAGCCAGUGGGAGUAUAAAAUAUUCAUCUGAUACAACGUGAGCGGAAGACACAUCGCCACUGAGUUGUAGCAGUGUCUGCUCAGCGAUAGCUCCUCUGGUCAAUUUAUGGAGUGCUCGAGAAACAUUUAAACAGCAGAUCUAAUAGGUUUUUUGUUUGUGUUUUAGCAAGAGUUUUACGGUACUUGCAACACAAUUAGGUCACACGAGUGGGUGUCUUUGCUACUAGACUGUCAGACUUGUAGUAACUCGUUUCAGUGGAAAAAAGCGUAACACGGUGUUUCUCUUUCAUUUGUUCCUGACAGACAAGUUGUAAUCUUUGCAAAAGAGAGAGCAUAACCAACCAUCAACACGAUAUCUAUGAAAAAACCCUCACCAGAAACAAUAGCCACUAAGACCACUAAGAAAAUAUAACAUGGCAAACAAUGCUGUUGGUGUUAAGCAAUUAUAUUUCCGAGAAGCAAUCAGAUGAAAGCAAGUUCUUCGAAUGUGUCAGCGCUGAUGGGAAUUAGUGAAAACAUCGAAAACAGCCAUAGUACAUGUAUUAUUAUCGAUUCCGCUCAAUUCUAACUCCAUUAAAGGCACGCUCACCUGACCUCAUGCAGCUGCGAGGGUAGUGAACCUUUUACCAAACUGAAACUGAAACUACAAUAAAACAGAUACACAUAUUAUUGUUAUUCAUAAAAAAAAACCUGUAGAGAUUCAAAGCACCAAAAACAAUCUCAGAAACUGCGUGUCAAGUGGGUUGACACCAGCUCGACAAGAUAAAAAGAGAAACGACUGGAAAGCGCCCAAGCAUGUCUUCGUUUCAAGAUCAGUUCGAAUGUUGUCUGCCUGAGCAGUGUAAACCACGGCGGAUGGAAAAUUUGCUGUGGCGAGACUACAUCAAUCCUCAUCCAGACACUGCUUGUCUGCCAAGGUACCAUCGACCUCCUAUGUAUAACCCCCACUUAUGUCCGUGCCCGCCUGAUUCUCUGUGCCAGGCAAGGUGUCAACCCUAUUUUUGCA